GAAGAGGGAGGUUUGCCCGUACGUUGAUUCCUUUCUGCACUCCUUGUCAAGCGUUCAAUUGUACCUUAUCACGGGCGUGCCUUCUUUUUUUCUUCUGUUUGGAAUGACAACGGUGGCGUGCGUAGCGCUCGAACGUUUUUAACCCCUCCAAACGCAGGUGUGCAUCCUGUUCACACCGACUGCUGGGUUUUUUUUUGUUAUAUAUACGUAUUUCAAACGUUUACGUCCUCUACGGAAUUCUUCUUGUGCGUUUCUUGCCUCUCUCCUGCUUCUUCUCUUCUCUCCCUCUCUCGCAGAGUCUUUUGUUUUUCUGGUUCCCGGCUCCAGAAUAGAAAACGAGUGGUUAUCCACCUCCUCUCUUUUUAUCUUGUUAUUUCGCGCGAACUCACGCACACGACGACAGCAUUUCCUGUGCUUACUUGCUGAUUCUUUCGGCACAGGAGCAGCAGCAACAACAAACAUAUCCUCGCACACCGUUUUAUUUUCCUCUCAAGGAACAAAAGGUUUUCUAACGUAUCAAAACAUUUGAUUGCAGCCGCAAUGAACGCCUGGGAGAUUGUCUUUCAAACCCUGCUGGUGUUUGCACCACACGUGGGCUACGUGGCGCAGUACUUCGAGAUUGUGAAGAGCAACUCCAUCGAAGGCUACGCGCCGAUGGUCUCCCUCAUUCUCCUGACCAGCAACACGCUGCGCCUCUACUACUACAUUGGAAAGCACUACAUGCUUGCUCUGCUGUUUCAGGCCAUUCUCGGCGUCUUGGUGCAUUUUUGGGUACUCAUCAAAGUGCUCGACGUACACGUGAGCCAAAUGGUCAGCGCGCGGCAAGAUGAAGUGCUGUUCGAUGAGAACGCCACUUCUCCCUCGCCUCUCGUCGUCCCAAUCAGUGUGGAGGAGGCGGGCAGCAAACCGGCGCCGGCGGUGACCGAUGCGCAGGGUUCCUUCAGCUCCGCUACUCACGUGCAAGGCGACACGGUCCUCGCGGAAGACGUCCACGCCGCCUCCCCGCCGGUCGCCGCGGCCUUUUUUCGCUUCGUUCGGUUUCUCUUUCACCUAGAAGACACAAUUGAGAGGAGCCUGCUGCGCCUGACGCCGCGCAGCUUCGCGUUUAGUUACGUGGCGAGCGCCUGCGUGACUCUCGUUGCGGUGCUCUUCUACUACUUCUCUAUUGGCCGCGUGUGGGCGUCCGCGCCGGCCGUGGUGGGAUACAUCUCUCUCGGCAUCGAGGCCCUUCUCGUCCUUCCACAGAUUCUGCGCAACGCGCGCCGUCGCAGCACGGAGGGGCUGUCCAUGAUUCUCAUCCUCACCUGGGUUGUGGGCGAUGUGAUCAAGGUCGUCUACUACUGCUACGCGAAGCAGGCGCUGCCGUUUAUCAUCGGCGGCAUCUUCCAGAUUUUGUUGGACGUGGUGGUCGUGGCGCAGGUCGUGUACUACGGUUUUUAUCUCCGUCGGGGUAGCGUCGCUGGCAGUGGUGAAGAAGCCGCUGACCCCGCCCCGUAG